UUUAUCAUGUUUAUAAUUAUUAUUUUUGACAAAAAAGUCAAAGGUUAAAAAAAUUCUUGAAGUGUGAAAUUGAUGAUUGGAGUGAAUAGUUAAUUCAUACACUCCUCCAGCCUGGCUUGAAAUUGUAUGGAAAAGAUAUGGUUUAGGAUGGUGGCAGGGUCGUUUGUGGUUCUUUGUUAUCCACGAUAUCUUCAAUAAUUCACUAUAACCCAAACUUGUCACUCUCAUUCUCAUUUUCACUUCACUCUCUUUGAUUCCAGCAUCACACUGAAUCAUUCAUUAAACCCUUUUUCAUACUAAAACCCUUUUUCUCUCAUCCAAUCAAUGGCUUCUAUGCCCAGAAUUAUUUUCAGAGACCAUAGAUUAGGAACAUAUGAUGCUUUUCUUAAACCAAGCUGCUAUAACCAUAUUACUCGAAGAAACAACCUUUUUAAUAAUCAUCUAGACGUGAAAAGCUUUGCAAUCAGAAGUGAGUUGCGUGGCGCAAAUCCAAUUGUUGCUGAUGCUAGAUUACCCUUAGUGCAUUUGACGUCAAAAAGGAACUCUCAAAUAUUGUGCUCAGCUUCAACAACUGGAGAUGUUCCUGAAAGUGCUGGGGGCCUGAGCCAGUAUGAGAAAAUUAUUGAAACUUUAACCACCCUUUUUCCCGUUUGGGUCAUCUUGGGGGCUCUCCUCGGUAUUUACAAGCCAGCUGCUGUUACUUGGUUGGAGACAGACCUAUUUACUCUUGGCUUGGGUUUCCUCAUGCUGUCUAUGGGUUUGACAUUGACAUUUGACGAUUUCAGACGAUGUUUGCGAAAUCCAUGGACAGUUGGUGUCGGGUUUCUUGCACAAUACUUAAUCAAGCCCAUGCUAGGCUUUGUCAUUGCAAUGUCACUAAAACUUUCGGCUCCUCUUGCAACUGGUCUUAUUUUGGUCUCGUGUUGUCCUGGAGGUCAGGCAUCAAAUGUUGCAACAUACAUAUCCAAGGGAAACGUUGCUCUUUCUGUUCUAAUGACAACGUGUUCAACUAUUGGAGCUAUUAUUAUGACCCCACUCCUAACAAAGCUUCUAGCUGGUCAACUUGUUCCAGUUGAUGCUGCUGGUCUUGCAAUUAGUACCUUUCAGGUUGUUUUAGUCCCUACAAUUGUGGGAGUUUUGGCAAAUGAGUUCUUUCCCAAGUUCACUUCAAAGAUAAUCACUGUGACGCCUUUGAUAGGAGUUAUUUUGACCACUCUCCUUUGUGCAAGCCCAAUCGGACAAGUUGCGGAGGUCUUGAAAACUCAAGGAGCACAAUUGAUAUUGCCAGUUCUUGCUCUACAUGCUGCUGCAUUUGCUCUUGGUUAUUGGAUUUCAAGAUUAUCAUUCGGUGAAUCCACAUCACGCACAAUAUCUAUUGAGUGUGGAAUGCAGAGCUCUGCACUUGGAUUCUUGCUUGCUCAGAAGCACUUUACAAACCCUCUUGUAGCCGUACCUUCUGCUGUCAGCGUAGUCUGCAUGGCGCUUGGUGGAAGUGCUCUAGCUGUGUAUUGGAGGAAUAGUCCAAUUCCCGUUGAUGACAAAGAUGACUUCAAGGAAUGAAAAUCAUGACAUAUCUUCUAUGCACUACAUGCCCUAGGAAUUAUUUUCUGCUCAUUGUUUAGAGGACAUUAAUUUAUGCAUUAGUGGAUGAGAAAGUUUUGUUUUAUGAAUUCGUAGCUAUGCAAUAUGUUAGAAUUUUAAGAAUUUAGGAUAAGUUUGCAACAAUUUAGAUCAUGGUGAAAGAGUGGCAACAAAUAAUAUACCCAUGCAGCAACAAAAAAGGGUUGACUAAGCUAUAGAACUCUUGCCAUGGUAGGAUCAAAUGAAAAGAUCAAAUCCAUUGUUGUUCUAUUAUAAUUAACUUAUCUUGUAUUUGCUUAGACAAUGAUUCCACCACUUGAACUAGUGAUUUUUAGUAUUAUCAA